AGUAAUGACAACGUAUAUGAAAACUCGUUUCUAGGGUUUUUUCUAGGGACUGUCGGUAAAGUUUUCAAAGCUUGCAUCGCCAUAAGUGCCAUUUUCCCUAGAGGGACACCGAGCGUGAUCGAAAUAUAUGUUUAACAGAUACAAAAAUGGGACGCAGUCGUACACCUUCGCCUGGAAGAAGAAGAGAUCGAUCUCGCGAUCGGGAUCGGGAUCGAGAUCGGGAGCGAGAACGCGACAGAGAUCGAAGAAGAAGACGUUCGCGUGAAAGAAGAAGAAGAUCAGUCGAACGAGAUCGUGUAAAAUCCAGGGAAAGAGAGAGGGAUCGCGAUCGUGAACGAGAAAGGCAUAGACGUUCGUACAGUAGAUCAAGAUCGAGAGACAGAGACAGACCUAAACCAAAAUUAAAGCCUACAACAGCAGAACGUCCUGUGAUUACAGAAGCUGAUCUUCAAGGGAAAACGCCGGAGGAGCAAGAGAUGAUGAGGAUAAUGGGUUUUUGUGGUUUUGAUACUACUAAAGGGAAGAAAGUCGAAGGGAACGAUGUGGGAGCUGUACAUGUGAUCUUAAAACGAAAAUACCGACAGUAUAUGAACAGAAAGGGAGGCUUCAACAGACCGUUGGACUUUGUUGCAUAAAAUUAUAAAUGCUAAACGUUUAUUAGUCGCGUAAAACUAUGACGACAAGAAAAAGUAUACAAGUAAAUAUGUACGAUGUAAACGGUAAACGAUUCUUUGUUAAUGAAAAUAUUUGAAAAUUAUACAUUUUGAUAGGCAACGUUACGAAUUUUAAUCCAGAGCGUUUUCAUCCUCCAUCCUCGGCCGUUUUUUUUGCAACUUUUGUUUCGUUAGUAUCAUCGUCGGAACCAUCAUCUGCGUUCAAGCUCUGAUUUUCAUUAUCAGUGUUUUCCGAGUUCCGAGAAGAAUCAAGCUGUUCCUGAAUCAAGGAGACAAAGAAUUGUACAGUGUAUUGAUAGAUUGAUUAAAGUGAUAUUACGAAAACCAAAAUAAAA